AUGCGUAGAUUGGUGCAUGCGGUAAGCGUUGGGGGCCGCCUACGGCGGGCUUUCGGUUUCCCAGCGCUUCUCAAUACGCAGACGGCGCUGCAGAAUGCGGCACCACUGACUGACGACGCCGAGGCCUUUGCCGAGUUCUUUCGCGUGCCCAUCUUGCUGGAUGCCGGCGUGGCGGAAAGUGUGCGGCAGCACUAUGAGCAAGCUGUGAAGGGUAUGGAAACCCAGCAGGACAGCCACGCAGUGCGGGUGCAGGAGGAGGAGCAGCGCCGCGGCGAGGAGCUUCCCGUCUUUCUGGUGUCGUACGACUUACGUUCCCACCUUUUUCAUUUCUUUUCUAUUGAACGCGACCGCGUCGUCGUCGUGGGGUCACCACUCUCCGAAGUCGCAGAGCUGCGUGACUGCGACGGUGCGAAACACAUUUCCAGCGGAGGCAUCGAUUUGUCCCCAGUGGCGGACGAGCUCAUGCGGCACACACACGGCGUCACGCAGAUGAUUUUGCUCCCGCUUGUGGCGCACAAGAAGGAGCGGGAUGUGCUUGCGUUGCACUUUCAGCGACUGCUUGCGGCGCUGCGGCAAAGCGGCCUCAUCCCUGUGCUGCACGUGGACAACCUGGAGCUGGCCGAGGCGCUGGAUCCUGACCCGCCUCCCCUGCGGGAGGUGGUGGCCAAUUACGCCGUGGCCACCCCCAAGCCGCUCAGUGAGCUAUGGUUUCGUGCCCACUGGGUUUACCUGCGCACGCUGGCGUGCCGCAUGGAUGAGGAGGACCCCAUCCGUACGAUUAACCGCCUCAUUGUGCCUCGCUUUGACGUGUUUGUUAUCCACCUGGUGCGGUCCGGCUCGCGCGGUCUCAACAUUGUGCUGUGGGAUCCCACACGCAAGCGACGGUACGCUGCGCGGGGCAUGCUUUCCGACAUUUUGGCGUGCAUACUGGAGCAGCAAUCAAAACACAUUAUUUUUCUCCCAACAAAUCGCACAGAUCGCCCUACACUGCUUCGCUGCCGUGCCGCCAUGACAAAAACCGGUCGUCAGUGCCAGGUGGUCUUUGCCUCUGAGCUGGGUGACAAGUACCGCAGUGUCUACCAGUCGGAGCCGUCCCGUUUUUGGGCCUCACUUCGUGAGGUAUCCGGAGGCCUUGACAUAGACUUCCUCUUUGAGAUUUACGUCACGGCUGGGAAUAGUCUUCGCAGCUACCACAGCAAGCGGUUGCGAGAGGGCGAGGCACAACCGAUGGUUUCACACCGUGCUGAAGAGGCCACAGCUUUUCUGGCUAACACUGAGGUUGAAAAUUGGCUGAGUGUCUUGUCGCUGGGCCGUCGUGUGGCGAAGGAGAAGGCGGAGAUGCGGAAGUACAAGAAACAUCUCUUUAUUGCCUACGUGGCGACGGAGUUUGCCGCCUACACGCGUCCGGCGAACCCGCACACCCCAGUGAACUUUGUCGUGGCUGCCGCCUUGAUGGAUGCACAUCAACACAUUGUGGAGCCCUGGACGAAGUACGCCGCACGAGGCGAUUUCAGACUUCCCUCGUUAAACGAGUUUGAUGUGAUUGUCUCCCACGACGCCAAGCAGCUACUGCUAUUGGUCUGGGAUGACCCGGAGCUGCACCGAUUUCUGAAGCGCGGGGGAAGGGUCUGGUGCACGAUGUUGGCAGAGUACAUUUUGGAGGCCCAGCGGUGCCAGACAGGCAACAAUAACUUUCGCGACGUUGCCUUGAAGUACGGCGUCAUGACACCACCUUCCGCCGUGCUCGGGGCCGCCGCGGUGGAUUUGCCAUUUGCGUUUCUGCGGCAUUACCUGAUGGCCGCCGUGGACGCGUUGUCCGUUGUGUUUCGGGAGCAGCUCUCAACAUCGUGUGAACGGAGUCAGGUGAUAUGCCUCGCCCAUCGUAUGGAUUCCCUUCUUGCCAUGGCGGCCAUUGAAAGUGCCGGUAUUCAAAUUGACGUGGAGGAGGCGGCACGUCAGGCGCAGGCGAUCCGAAAUCGCCUUUUGGCCAUUGACAAGGCUCUUAGUUUGUACGUCCCAAAUGAGGUGCCUGUGGACCUGCUAAAGAUGUUUGAUUGGAAUUCCCUGCAGCACCUUGGCGCGUUUUUGUUUGGUGGGAGCAUCACACUUGGGUACACGGACACCGUGCUGGAGUCCGCCGCAUGGACCUCGAACCUUAUACACUUCUGCCACAGGUACGGCACCCUCUCGCUUCUCUCGGCGGAUGUCCACCUGCAGCGGUUUGCAAGCGAGAAGGGGCUGCGGGCUGCGGGGCGUCUCCCACAGCGUGUGGCGCAGUACCUGGCGAGGGACGAGAGUGCGGGGCUGCGGACGUUCCGACUCGUGGUGUUUGACAUUGAGUCCACCGGCCUGAAUACUGCAACGGAUGCGAUCAUUGAGAUUGCCGCAUGGGACCCAGUCGAGGGGACGUCCUUCAGCUCGCUUGUGAAUCCGGAGCGGUCAAUUCCGCAGGAGACUAUGGCAAUUCAUCACAUCACGAACGGUAUGGUGUGCGGGGCUCCGCGGCUGCCGGAGGUGACACGUGCCUUUGCGCGGUACUUGCGGCUUGGCGACGCCCAGUGUGAUCCCAAUGAGGUCACCGUCCUUGUGGGGCACAAUGUGUUUGCCCUUGACGAACCGCUGCUCCGUCGCGCCUUUGAGCGCGAGGGGGUGGAGAUGGACAGUAUUCUUUUCUGCGAUUCACUUGCCCUGCUGAAGGCCCUCAAGCGCGAGCUGCAGGGGUCUACGGAGGGGCUUCGCGUGGACCGAGGUGUACUUGAGAUCUUGACAACUUCCCUCCGGCUCUCCUCCCUGGUGGAGGGGCUGCACGUUGGGGCCGAGGGUGCACUGCAUCGCGCUGAUACGGAUGCAAAGAUGCUGUGGUUUGUGCUUGUCAACGCCUUGGGUUUGGCUGGGCGAGAUACUGUGAAGCAGCGCGACGCGAUUUUCAGCCAUGCGGUGCGAACGUUGGCUGUGUACCCUGGUACCGGCUGCUUUCUCCCGCUGGAGCAGCGUAGACGGGACCGUGUUGUGGUGCGUCUGCCCGGUGUGGCGUCACAGGUCAUCGAUAGCCCGCGCCAGCUGGCGUCCUUGCAGAAGAAGCCGCUCAACGAGGACACGUUGCAGGCACUGCAGCGUCAUCAGCUGCGGGUGGCGGGGCUGUUGCUUGAGAAGCAGCACCUGGAGCGGAACGCGGCGCGGUUUCUUCACGCCGACCCCGGCGGGCGGUUGUCGGUGCUGCACGCAGACGGCAGGGUAAGACAGUGCAUUGACCUCACAGCCACCACAACCUCCCGCACGACGAGCUCGUACCCCAGCUGCCAGAACAUACCGAAGGACGACAAGUCUUCGCUGCGGCGUCUUUUUAUCUCCCGCUUUGGCGAGAAGGGGCGCUGCGUGGAGCUGGACUACUCACAGCUGGAGAUUGUUGUAUUAGCGCUUCUCUGUGGCGACAACCGUCUGGUGUCCGACCUGAAUCGCGGCGUCGACUUUCACAUCAAGCGGGCGUCUUUCUUUAGCGGUGUCGCCUAUGGUGAGAUUUACGAGGGCUACAAGCGUGGUGUCGCAGAGUACGUGCAGCUGCGCAAGACUGCCAAGACGUUUUCGUUCCAGCGCCUCUACGGGGCGGGAGUUCCGCUGCUGCACAAGACAACCGGCAUCCCCGUGAAAGAUCUCGAGGCCUCCAUCCGCAAGGAGGAGGAGGAGUACCCUGGCAUCACGCAGUUUCACCGCCUUGUCCGCACCAUUGCGUUGCGGGCGGGCAAUCCAGGCCUUCCAACGCACUUUGUCGUGGAGCUUCCAACUGGGAUUCGCAUGAGUUUCAAGACGCGGGAUGUGGUGCUGAACCUGCCGCCCGUGAAGAACUAUCCCAUUCAAGGCUUCGGCGCGGAGCUGGCUCAGAUGAUGGUGGGACGCGUGUUUCGUCAGUUUGUGCGGAGGGACUUUUAUGGGCAGAAAGCAUUCAUGAUCAAUUUUGUGCACGACUCACUGUGGCUGGACUGCCACAUAGACGUUCUGGAGGAGUGCGUCCGGGAGACGCGAGAGCAGCUGAUGGAGGUACACACCUACGUCGCCAAGGCGUUUCCGGGGGUGGAGCUUCGGGUGCCGCUGCACAUCACAACGCAGUGUGGCGUGGACAUGUGUUCGAUGGAGACCAUCACGGACGACUUUAGCUGCGUCGCGCUGCAGAGUAGGAGGAGUGCGCGGGAGGGGGCAGAGGAGCCGCUCCCGAGCCUCGACGCGGACCCAGCUGACAUUAUAGAGAACACCGUGUAG